CAUCCCACGUACGAGUACCAUACCGUACAGCAGCAAGAGAAUUGUAGUGACAGAUGUCUUUGACAGCAGAGAGAAUUUGGUGCGCAUUCGAAAAACGCGCGAUGAUUCAUUCGUUCUUCGUGAUGUCUCUGAUGUUACGUACCCAUCACCAGCACUACGGUACCAAAUACGGUACUAGAAUCGUGGCGUUGAUGCGCGUCCAGUGAUGUCACAAAAAUGACCAAAUGGUUGUUUUCAAAAUUGUUGACCCUGCGUUCCUGCUCCAUGGCACCGUUAAAAAUGCGUGUUUUUUUGAAUUCGCCCGGGCUAACCCGUAGUAACAAAAGGCUACGUAUUUCUCAGCCAGUGAAAUGUCAGUCAGUUCCUCUCCCGAGAAAGGAAAUUUUCUGCUUCCUCGUACCGAUUACACGUCUGCCGUGUGACCUUGGCUUGUUGCCGAAAAUUACAGUACGUACGGUACGCUGACCUCUGUUUUCCUCUUCUCCUACCGACGCGACGAACGCCGUCCUUCUGAACUGUUCAAUUCAAGUGUACAGAGAAAACUACUGGUAGUACGACACUCGCAAGGGCAGCUGUAUUGAAGCGUUUCAAAAAUAAUGCAAGAAACGAACCCAACUUAUGUACGGGGACCAGUAGAACAAUACCACCUUGAUCACCAUCCGAGACGACGUGUAGUACAAUCUUGGCAGACAAGGAGGAACCGAAACCAAUACCAAAACACAGAAGCAUCGAGAACAGAGGAAGAAAAGAAUCACCGAUGGUUGCAACCUCAGACGAGGCCGAGAAGGACCUCAACCUGAUUUUCGAUUACGAUGAUGACGACGAGAGCUCGAUUCAGGAAAUGAUUCGCUCCACUUCCGGAUUGUUCGCCACGCUGGACAAAUUGACGAACGAGAUCGAAGAAGACCUUGUAUCGGCGGAAGGCACACCGUCUGUAAGCGGUAGUAACGAAUCGCMACCCUGCAACGAUGAAGAAGACGACGAUGAGUCGUAUUCGGACGACGAGGAAGCAGCAUACUCGGACGAGGAGGAUCCCGAUUCCGGAGAGACAAAACUGUUUUCAAUGAUGGACGACUUAGUAGCAGAACUCCAAAUACAGCUGGAAGAAGAUAGCGACGAGGAGGACAACACAUCGGUUAACGACGAAGGAAAGGGAAACAAAAACGAAGACCCUGUUCAAAAUACUGAUCAAGCAUGUAGAGCGGAGACACCGGAGGACGUAGAGAAAGAAAAUCACCGAGUAGAAUCACAGUACCAGCUUCGUCAGAGUGUCAAUAUAUUGCUUGAACAAGUUAUAGAAAUGAAAAUAUUGUUCAACCUGGACCAGACGAACCAUGUGAGGAACAAAAAUCACGAUAAGAUUAGUGCCAACAUCCAGAAAAAGAUAGAGCAAGGAGAGUACGAUGCAGAUCGAUUGGAACAUCUCAUGGGCGCAAUCUCUAGCUAUGCAAACAUGAAUUCGAGGAAAUCACGCAACUACGUAAAGACCAAAAAGAAAAAACGAAAGAAAAGGACAAACAAACACAAGCAGAGGAAGCCCACCGCUUCCGUACAAACGACGCAAUCGCUACAUAUUCUUCACGACUCUCUCUUGGCUUUGGAAGAGAAGUUUGCACGAGAAGACCAACCACGGCACUAGAUAAUGCACCGCGUGGACGGACCUACCGUUCACGAAGAGAAUCAGUGAUCCUGUAUGUUGAAUUAUAAAAGCGAAUUGUCGCAGUGAAAUCCUCUUACGAUAUCUAUUCUGGGUGAAAGACACUCAACUGCUCCGGGGAAGCUAGACACCGGAGCAGGAGAUCGUAUUUUCGUUGUCUGCAACUUCUCCUGUGUUGAGAUUGAAUCCAACAAAGCUUGAAUUGUGACCAUUAAAUUCCACUAGAUAGA